CUCAUAUUUCCUUCGCAAUUACGAACACACAAACACCCAUACAGAGAUCUUUCAUUCUCUAGCGAAGUCGCGCAACCAUCCCUAGGGUUCUCUCUCGACUGAAACCUAGGUGUUGCCUUACAAUUUCAUGGAGUCUGUUAGUAACCAUCAAUUUCAAUCCCUAGAUCCCCAGCACCCAUCAACGCAAACCUUAGAUUUCCAUAAUCCAAACUACCCUCCUCCCCCUCCUCCGGAAGAAACUCUGGCCCCUGAUCACCAAAACCCACAAACAACAGUUUCUGACGGUCAGUACCCGUUCAAUCAGCUGCCUGAUUAUCCUCGAGGCGCAGAUGAGAACGGUGGCUCCUUAGCCUUCAGUACUGAUAAUAGUCAAUUGAACGGCAAUACCCAGAUGGGUAUCAACAGUAACAAUAUCGCUUCGUUCAAGUUCGAGAUCCAAAAGCCGUUACUGUCCGAGAACGGCGUCACCAAAACGCAAAGUGGCACGGACAAGGAGCAAUCCGGUGGGGAGGAGGAGACGACCAGCAGGAGGCGCCGCCGGAGCCGGUGGGAUCCGCCUGCGGACUCGAACAACGCGAGUGCUGAGAACACAGACACGGGCAGCGGUACGAGGAAGAGGAAAUCUCGGUGGGCAGACGAUGAGCCGAAGCCGGUGAUUCAGCUUCCUGAUUUUAUGAAGGAUUUCACCGGAGGUAUUGAAUUUGACCCGGAGAUUCAAGCUUUAAAUAGUAGAUUACUUGAGAUUAGUAGGAUGUUGCAGUCUGGAUUACCUUUGGAUGAUAGGCCUGAAGGGCAAAGGUCUCCUUCGCCUGAGCCUAUCUAUGAUAAUAUGGGAAUUCGGAUUAAUACUAGGGAGUAUCGAGCACGAGAGAGAUUGAAUAAGGAAAGACAAGAGAUUAUUUCUCAGAUUAUCAAACGGAACCCAGCUUUUAAGCCACCAGCGGACUAUAGGCCGCCAAAGCUUCAGAAGAAGCUUUAUAUACCGAUGAAGGAAUACCCAGGUUACAAUUUUAUUGGGCUUAUUAUUGGACCAAGGGGGAAUACCCAGAAGAGAAUGGAAAGAGAGACGGGUGCAAAAAUUGUUAUUCGUGGUAAAGGGUCGGUGAAGGAGGGUAGGUUGCAGCAGAAGCGGGAUUUGAAGCCCGACCCUUCAGAGAACGAGGAUUUGCAUGUUUUAGUGGAGGCUGAGACUCAAGAAGCUCUUGAUGCAGCAGCAGGGAUGGUUGAGAAGCUCCUACAGCCCGUGGAUGAGGUGCUGAACGAACAUAAAAGGCAGCAACUUAGGGAACUUGCGGCCUUGAAUGGAACUAUAAGAGAUGAAGAGUAUUGUAGGUUAUGUGGUGAGCCAGGUCACAGGCAGUACGCGUGUCCCUCACGGACUAAUACUUUUAAGAGUGAUGUUCUUUGCAAGAUAUGUGGUGAUGGUGGGCAUCCUACUAUUGAUUGUCCAGUGAAGGGGACGACAGGGAAGAAAAUGGAUGAUGAGUACCAGAACUUCUUAGCUGAGUUAGGAGGCACGGUUCCUGAAUCUUCAAUUAAGCCCCCUACCUUGGCCCUUGGUUCAGGCAGUUCCGGAAGCAAUCCACCUUGGGCCAAUAAUGCUGGUGGUGGCGGGAGUGCACACCCUGGCUUAGGCUCAACUAUUAUCAAGCCAACAAAGGAAUAUGAUGAUACAAAUUUGUAUAUUGGCUACUUGCCACCUACCCUAAAUGAUGAUGGCUUAAUCAGAUUGUUUUCCCCUUUUGGUGAUAUUGUGAUGGCUAAGGUUAUUAAAGAUCGGAUUACUGGAUUAAGCAAAAGAUAUGGUUUUGUUAAGUAUUCUGAUGUUCAAAUGGCUAACAAUGCUAUUCAAAGCAUGAAUGGUUAUCUCCUACAGGGCCGGACUAUUGCUGUAAGAGUUUGCAUGUAA